AUGGAGGCAUACGUGGAUGACAUGAUAGUGAAGAGCAGGCAAGGUGAGUCUCAUUCCAGUCAACUUGAGAAAGUCUUCGCGAUAUUUAGAAAGAAUAACAUGCGCCUGAACUCGGAUAAAUGUACGUUCGGAGUAAAGUCUGGAAAAUUUCUUGGAUAUAUGAUCACUCAUAGAGGGAUAGAGGCCAACCCUGAAAAAUUGCAAGCGGUAAUUGACAUGCAGCCCCCAUCAUCUGUAAAAGAAGUUCAGAGAUUGAACGGUCGAUUGACGGCCUUGGGCAGAUUUCUCUCCAAGCAAGCUGAGCGCAGCCUCCCUUUCUGCAAAGCUUUAAAGGGAGGCAAGAGUUUUCAGUGGACUCCUGAGUGCGAGAAAGCUUUCCAAGAGUUGAAAGCAUAUCUAAAGGAGAUUCCUCUAUUGACACGGCCGAAAGUCGGAGAAAAAUUAUGCCUGUACCUUGGGAUCAGCCAUCAGGCGGUGAGUUCCGUUCUUGUCAGACAACUCGGCCAGAUUGACAGCCCGGUAUAUUACGCAAGCAAAGUGUUACAGGGGGCUGAGGCACGGUAUCCCCACCCUGAAAGGGUGGCUUUGGCCUUGGUAAUGGCAACAAGAAAAUUGAGACCCUACUUUCAAGCCCACGCUGUAACAGUAUUGACAGAUCAACCGUUAAGACAGAUUCUACAGAGGCCAGAGUGUUCAGGAAGACUAACUAAGUGGGCAGUUGAGCUCAGCGAAUACGAUAUCAGCUUCGAGCCUAGGAAGGCAAUAAAAGGGCAAGCGUUGGUAGACUUUAUAGUGGAGUGCACUCACUCACCUGCGGUAGAAAAAGCUUGCUCGGAAGCAUGGAUGUUGUUUGUGGACGGGGCAUCUAACGCCAAAGGAAGCGGGGCGGGGGUUGUAUUAAUCUCCCCUGAAAAAGAGAUGUUAGAGUACUCCCUACGCUUCAUCUUCCCUAGCUCGAACAAUACAGCAGAAUAUGAAGCAUUGUUAGCUGGAAUGAAGUUGGCAGAAAAAUUGGAGGUGAAAAACUUGACGGCCCAUAGCGACUCGCAAUUAGUGGUACAACAGUUCCAAGGCACUUUUGAAGUAAGGGAACCACUAUUGGCCCGUUAUUUACAGAAGGUGAAGGAGCUCUCUCCUAGAUUCGAAUGCUUUGAACUCAUACAGAUCAAUAGGUCUCUUAACCAGCACGCUGACGCACUGUCCAAAUUGGCCUCCGCUCGAGACCCCUCCAGACGAUUGAUUCACAUGGAGGUCCUACAACGAUCGAGUGUGGAAACAAGUGAAGAAGGUGUUCAUUGCAUUGAUAUAGUUGACGAUUGGAGAACGCCGAUACUGAAAUAUCUGCUUAACCAGGAGCUUCCAGCAGCGCCCUCGGAAGCAAGAAAGUUGAAGACCAAGGCAGCCCGCUUUAUAGUCAUCGGCCAAGAGCUGUAUAAGAGAGGGUAUUCAGUACCGUUACUCAAGUGCUUGGGGACACGGGAGGCAGAUCAGGCCCUGGAAGAAGUUCACGAGGGAGACUGCGGUGAGCAUCUUGGUGCCAGAGCGUUGGCUGGUAAAGUCCUACGAGCAGGUUUCUUUUGGCCCACCCUAAAACAAGACGCAGCCCAGAAAGUGCGGACAUGUGAUAAAUGCCAAAAGCACGGCCCUCUAACAGUACGGCCCCCGUCAUCUAUCCAACCGAUAUUUCAGCCGUUGUCGUUUGCACAAUGGGGGCUAGACAUCUUGGGCCCAUUCCCUAUGGUGUCAGCACAAAGGAAAUUCUUGUUGGUGGCCACGGAUUACUUCACAAAGUGGGUUGAAGCUGAACCGUUAGCAACAAUAACUGAGAAAAAGGUAGAGGGGAUGAUAUGGAAGGACAUAAUUUGCCGCUUCGGAAAACCCCGUAUUCUCAACACGGAUCAUGGAACGCAGUUUGAUUCUGAAGCCUUUAGGACCUUUUGUAAAAGUCGCGUAUCUACGGGGGAGACACCAUUCAAUUUGGUAUAUGGGACGGAUGCCUUUAUUCCAGUGGAAAUAGACCUUGCCUCGCCUCGAGUUGUGGCUUUCAAUGAAGAGAGAAAUCCAGACAGUUUAAGGGAAAGCCUGGACCUGAUAGAUGAGUUGAGAGAGAAGGCAGUUGUGCAGUUAGUAGCAUACCAGAGAAGAAUCGCUAGCUAUUAUAAUGCAAAAGUCCGACCUCGAAUGUUCCAAGAAGGGGAUUUGGUGCUCAGGAAAACGGUGAUUACAACUGCCCACCGGGAGGAAGGAAAGCUCAGACCGAAUUGGGAAAGGCCCUACAAGACAAUCGAGAACAGCGAUAGAAGAUUCGAGGCUGAAGACAUGGAGAUGCGUUCGUUGCAAGGGGCGCUACCUGGCUCCCCUAAGAACCGAAGUACGACGCCCCCAGCAAAGGUCCCAAACGAGGUCAGGGUAACACGGGGAAAAUCAGGUGCACAUGACCACAUGCCGGGCCAGGGUCCACAGAUGAUCCAACGCUUGUACCCACAAACUCACCCAGAUCACUUGACUGAGUCUGGUGCUAUGCAUCUAAGCUAG